UAAAAGGGUGCCAAGAAGCUGGGACGAAGGAACGUGGGUGUAAAUAGACAGUGAACGCUCUUGGUCUCUCUCCCUCUCUCUCUCUUCUCUCUCUCCCUCCCCCUUCUUCUUCCCUCUCUUUCUCUCUCUCUUUUAUGAAAUCAAUGAACGAGUUAUUGGUUAGGACAUAAAUAUAAGGAAUCAAAGCCUCCACCGGGACCAACGGCACUGCGCGCUUUUGAUAUGCGUCUUCGCCAAAUGCUUCAUGUGUUUUCAAAUCAUUGUAAAUACUGGCUUUGAUAGGACGAGAGCGGAACCAUCCCUGGUACGGCUUGGUCUCGGAACCAAAUUUUGACCAAGACUUCCACCAGCUUUUUUCCAACGUAAAACGAGACUCCACCAUUACCAUCUGCUGCUGUUGUACCCAUCCCAACUCACUGGCCGGUCCGAAGAUGGCAACUUUAACCAACGGGCAGGUGGACGGCACGGUGCACGGUGUUGGUGUGGUCUCCGCCAGCACGAACGGGCUCGUGAACGGAUUAAACCACAGCCACAGCCCGGCGGGAUGCCCGGCCACCAUCCCCAUGAAGGACCACGAUGCCAUCAAACUCUUCAUCGGUCAGAUCCCCCGCAACCUGGAUGAGAAGGACCUCCGGCCCCUCUUCGAGGAGUUCGGCAAAAUCUACGAGCUCACUGUGCUCAAAGACCGCUUCACGGGCAUGCACAAAGGCUGUGCCUUCCUCACCUACUGUGCCAGAGAGUCAGCCCUGAAAGCCCAGAAUGCAUUGCACGAGCAGAAGACCCUGCCAGGAAUGAACAGACCGAUCCAGGUGAAGCCAGCAGACAGUGAGAGUCGAGGAGAAGACAGAAAGCUUUUUGUGGGCAUGCUCAACAAGCAACAGUCAGAAGAUGAUGUGCGGCGCCUUUUCGAGUCCUUCGGCAGCAUCGAGGAAUGCACCAUCCUCAGAGGUCCCGACGGAAACAGCAAAGGCUGUGCGUUUGUAAAAUACUCCUCUCAUGCUGAAGCUCAGGCAGCCAUCGGUGCACUACACGGGAGCCAGACAAUGCCUGGGGCCUCAUCCAGUCUGGUGGUAAAGUUCGCCGACACGGAUAAGGAGCGCACCAUACGCCGCAUGCAGCAGAUGGCUGGUCAGAUGGGCAUCUUCAACCCUAUGGCCCUGCAGUUUGGAGCCUAUGGAGCCUACGCUCAGGUGCAGCAGCAAGCAGCACUGAUGGCAUCUGUAGGCCAAGGAGGCUACCUCAGUCCAAUGGCAGCCUUUGCUGCUGCCCAGAUGCAGCACAUGGCCACCAUCAAUGGCCUCCCCGGAGCACCGCUGACUCCCACGUCAGGUGGCAGUACUCCACCAGGCAUCAGCGCCCCCACAGUGACCAGCAUCCCAUCUCCAAUUAGUGUAAAUGGUUUUACUGGCAUGCCGCCCCCGCAGGCAAAUGGACAGCCCCCCGCAGAAGCAGUUUUUACCAACGGGAUACACCAUUAUCCUGUGUUGCAGGAGGUGGUUUUUAGAGAGGACUCAGAGAAAAACGGCUUGGGCGUGGCUCCGCGGAGUUGUUUUGGGGUUCAGGGUGGCUGCUUCCUCUCAUCUCUCUCCGAAGCAGCUCAAAGUCCCACUGCAGCUGAUCCUCUCCAGCAGGCUUACACAGGAGUCCAGCAGUAUGCAGCAGCCUACCCCGCUGCAUACGGCCAGAUCAGCCAAGCCUUCCCCCACCCUCCACCUAUCAUCCCACAGCAGCAGCGAGAAGGACCGGAAGGCUGCAACCUGUUCAUCUACCACCUCCCUCAGGAGUUUGGAGAUGGAGAGCUGAUGCAGAUGUUCCUGCCAUUCGGUAAUGUCAUCUCCUCCAAAGUGUUUGUGGAUCGGGCGACAAACCAAAGUAAAUGCUUUGGGUUUGUAAGUUUCGACAACCCAGGUAGUGCCCAAGCUGCCAUCCAGUCAAUGAAUGGCUUCCAGAUCGGCAUGAAAAGACUCAAGGUGCAACUGAAGAGGCCAAAGGAUGCCAACCGUCCCUACUAGCCCGCGCCCCAGCCAGCCACCGCCACCCUGGCGGCGGGGGCAGCUGUCGAACACAGGGAAAGACAGGUUUUGUUGAGCUGUUGAUUAUUUGCUACCCACCACUGAGUGCAAACUCAACAUCUGGACCACUGAGGCUGCUUCAGAAAACAGAG